AUCACCUGCGGUUACUACCUAAUGCCGGUUACUGCUAUUGGGAUGUUCGUAAAACCCGGAGAUACUACCCCUUCGGACCCUGGGAACAGAGUGCGAUUGAACGGCUUCGAUGGUGUGGCGAACGGUGGACCGAACAGGCCUGACGGCGAAAUCCCCUUGAAGAAUGGAACUGGAGCCGCCGCAUCCCACGAGAAACAGCAACACGAUCUAUCCUCAUUUGGUACAUCGAUUGGAGUCCUACUGUCCUGCUUGGGUUGCGUCGUUGGUACGGGCAACAUCUGGCGAUUUCCGCGUAUUAUUGCCACAGUCAGUAGCCCGCAAGGAAGUCUCACUUUCUUGAUGGCAUGGGCUAUGUCCCUGUUCUUCUGGUCGCUACCCCUCAGCAUCGUUGAAUACUCGCUUGGCCGAUUUUGCCGAACAUCUCCGCUGGGGGCUUUUCACAGAUUUCUGGGCAGUAAACUCAUUUGGUUAGGUGGUUGGAUUGUCGGUGUCACAUUUAUGAUAACUGCCUAUUUUUCCGUGCUCGUUGGCUGGUGUCUGUAUUAUCUGUACAAAUGUUGUGUGUUACCCAGCCUACCGAUGGAUGAGAGAAGCAGUACAGCCAUCUUCAACGCGUUUGCAAUCGAAUCCUAUUGGCCCGUGUUGACUCACGUGUUGGCUGUGCUGAUCGUCGGCGUAUGCAUAUUUGGCGGUAUCCGGCGAAUCGAAAAAGCCAAUAUGGUGCUCGUUCCCAUGCUGUUGGGCAUCUUGGUAUUCACCUUCGGAUGGUCUCUCACUCGACAGUACUCGGAUGUUGGGAUCAGCUUUUUGUUCACGCCAGAUUGGAAGAGCAUGCUCACACCUAGCUUGUGGGUUCAAGCCGCCAGCCAGAAUGCUUUCGAUACCGGGGCAGCCAUGGCUCUCUUCAUCUCGUACUCGGCCUACUUCACUCGUAAAAAUGGCGCAGUGCGAUUUGGGAUGUUAGUCCCCAUGGCCAACAACACGGUGAGCCUUCUUUGUGCAAUCACCAUAUUCUCUACAGUCUUCUCAACGUUAAUACAAACAUCCCCCACUUUGACGCGAUCGGGAAUUGUCCGAAUCAUGCAACUCAAUGGUCCCGGAAGUACCGGGUUAACUUUCACGUGGAUACCAGUGCUGUUUGCCUACGUUGGCGGGAUAGGCCGUGUUCUCUGCUUCCUUUUCUUCCUUUGCCUCUCGUUCGCCGGGAUAACCUCAUUAAUAGGACACAUUCAACUGACAGUCGUCACUCUCAGAGACUUGGGAUUCUCUGAUCGGAGAGCAGUUCUAGGCGGCCUCUUCCUUACACUGAUAUUCGGGAUGCCGUCAGCAAUGAGCAUCAAGGUACUAACAAAUCAGGACUCCGUUUGGGGUUUCGCUCUGAUGCUAUCUGGCUUGGCAAUGGCGACCCUGGUGUUGGUCUAUGGUCCCCUGCGAUAUCGAAAAGUUAUCAUCAAUGAUUUCGGCAUCGAUGACUGGAAAUUGCCGGUGAUCUGGGUUGGUAUGAUCAGUUUCUUAGUUCCUUUCUCCGGAAUCGGGUUGAUCGUUUGGUGGGCCUACGAUCUCAUCAGCGCUAGCGAACACUGGUAUCACCUUACCCUGAGUUCCGUGACAACCACCCUGCUGGAGUGGUUCAUUCUCUUUGUGAUUCUGGUCACCUCAAAUGCGAUUGCAUUAUAUCGACGGAAAGAGCUAUUUCCCAAGAGCAAAUUCAUCGGGUAUAACCCUCAUAACCCAGAUUAUCUACCUGCGGAGGAGUUCAAAACCACCAACGUGAACUACAUCGUUGUCUCCAGUAUAAGUUUACCUGUGAGCGAACUGCGUCAGACCACUUUACCCGAUGAUGCUUAGCAACUUGUUUGUGACCUGACGGAGUUUACACUUUAGCACAGUAUCACGCUGUGCACAUCCAGAUUGUGUUUCCUUCCUUUGCUGUGGAUAUCAGUCAGUACUUUCUUGACGCCGAUUGGCGUCUGGCGGUGCUUUCAGUUUUGUAUUGAAAUCAACCACCCAGAUAGAUGUAUUAAAUCCUUUUUUAUUAUUUU